UGAAGGACACAGUCGUCUGCAGAUCAAAGACACUGACAAGAGAAAAUGUUGGGGUUUGUUGCUUUCAUCCUUGGUGCCGUUUUCCUUAUUGCCAAAUCCAGUCAUGGUUCUGAGAUUAUCAAUGGGAACGAAGUGAAGCCACACUCCUUGCCUUUCAUGGCUCUGCUGGAAUCACAUGAAUUAGUUUGUGGAGGAACUUUAAUUGAUUCCAAGUGGGUUCUGACUGCUGCGCACUGCGAGGGCAUGAGCAUUGCAUUCCUGGGAGUGCACUCCAUCUCAAGCCACACUGAAGGAAAGUACAGGCAGAUCCUCAGAGUGGCGAGGCGUUUUCCUCAUCCUCAUUAUAAUCCCUAUACAGAUGACAAUGAUGUCAUGUUGCUCAAGCUGGAAAAGGCAGUGAAGCGAACCAAAUGGGUGAAACCUCUCAAGCUGACGAAAGUUGUCAAAGACCCAGAAGAAGGUUCAGUCUGUAUGGUGGCUGGAUGGGGAAGUACCGAAAUGAAUGCAGCUGGGUCAGAUGUUUUGAUGUCAGUCAAUGUGACUGUGGUUGGCAGAAAGAAGUGCAGCUCACCGGCUUUUUACAAUCAUACCAUAACUGACAACAUGAUUUGUGCUGGGUGGAAUGGGAACAUCCAAGCUGACAGCUGUCAGGGGGAUUCUGGUGGGCCAAUACUGUGCAAUGGAGCUGUAGUUGGAGUUACAUCUUUUGGGGAUGGGUGUGGACUCAAAAAUAAACCUGGCGUGUACGCUUUCCUCACCAAAGAUCACCUUGACUGGAUCAAGAAGACAAUGAACCAAUGAGAUAAUGAAUAAGCCUUGGUUGAAUGUUGCUGUUUUACUCAUUCAACCACUUUUCUUGCUCUCCUAUGUUAUACAACUUGCAUUUUGCUUCUUAAAGAUGUAUGCGCAGGCAACAAUUGAACAAAUAAAAACUGAGCUUUGGCUUGUUACAGCAAACUUUGAAA